UGGAGACGGAACUUUGUAAAAUGUCGGCCGAAAGUGUUCCUCGCGUCGAAAAUUUUCUUACCAAAAUUGUGAGCUUGAAACGACUCUGCUUUAGAUAUUUGGAAAGUUGAGCUUUGCUGCAGACAUGCCCACGGUUGUGAUGCUCGCAGUGGACUGUCUAGACAGUUGGAAAGGACCUACACGAUUAACUAAGCGUUGAGAAAAGCCCAGCACACAUCUAAUCGUGGAUAUUUAUGGAUGGAGUACAACUAGACUGGACGUGGAAUUGUAUGAAUUUAUCAUCCCUGAGCCUGACUUCUCCAACCCGUCGUAUUUAAUUUUCGGGUUGUAAAGCCUUUGACUGUGAAACCCAACAGAUGCAUCGACAGAGGGAGCCGUGACAAAACGAGAACUGUCCUCAGGAAAUACUUUGUAUGCCAACUGAUUAAUGACAUCAUUACGUGUAGUGUGAUUGAACUUUCUGAGGUGGUAAUGUCCAAGCCGUGUUGAACUACGAGGAUCAGAUUUUGGAGGUUUGCUGACCAACCUCACGUGAAACUGAUUUCCUGUGCCAGAAAUGUUCCAUCAAAUCAUCCUCCCUGGAUGAAGGAGAGCUCGAUGCAUGGUUAUCGUCAAGUUUGGUAACUUCUGGCAAAAACAUGACUGCAAAAAAUGCGAAGGAUCAGCUGGUUAUACUCAUCAUCACGUGGUAUAAGCAAAACUCAAGAGAGUCUUACGGUCAUGGAGGAAAGUACGUCAGAAAACGCCUUGGCGGUGCUUACUAAUGGCACCACUUCAGGAGACGGCGUCGUACCAAACAAAGUGUUGUUUGUCGUGAUUUUUUGUAUCUUCUGCGUGUUUGGUGUCAUCGGUAAUGGCAGCUUGGUGUUUCUGGUGAUCCGCUUCCCUCAUCUACGAACCAUGCCUAAUAUACUUAUGAUCAAUCUGACUGUUGGGGACCUGCUAUUCAUAGUCGCCACAUUACCGACCAUUAUCCAACAUGAGUUGGGUAUUGUAGCUCAGUACGAAACCGAAGCUAUGUGUAAGUUUGUCAACUUCUUGCCCGUGUUUGGUACGGGUGUCUGCGUGUAUUCUAUGACAGCACUGAGCGUGGAGCGGUAUCUAGCCAUCGUACGGGGUUUAGAGAUGCGAUCAGUAAGGACAAGUCGACGGGUCUUAGCGGCAAUGAUUUUCAUCUGGGGAAUGACUUUGGUAGUUAGUCUACCAGUCCUGAUAUCCGCUGGUUUCCUGUAUGAGGAACUAGGCCUACCAACACUCUGUUCUGACAUGGUACCAGGACACCCUGCAUCAAUUUCUUACGCCAGUGUUCAGAUUACCUUAUUGUACAUAUUGCCACUCAUAACCAUGAUAUUCUGCUAUACGCAAAUUGCCAUGUUGCUGACGAAAGGGUCGCGGGAAACCGACUGUAAUAGUCGCAGCAGUACCAACUACAAAGCUCGUAAACGAUUGGCUAUUGCCAUGAUAGUCAUGGCAGCUUUCUUUGGAAUUUUCUGGUUUCCGAGCAGCGUUUUCAAACUGUAUUUCCAGGUGAAUUUUGAGGCAAUUUUCACUCUGAAUGACCCGUCACAGCUGGCAGGCUUUCAUUUCUUUCGUCGUAUCAGUCGCAUAUUCGCUUACACAAACUCAUGUUUCAAUCCCUGGAUCCUUUAUUUCAUCAGCACGACUCAUCGGAGGGCCAUUGCCAGUUGUCUGUUUUGCUGUGGUAACAAGAAUGCUGAUGAAAAUGGCGCAUACCGCAUGGUACGCAUGCGCACUAACGGCAGGACUGUCACAACGUUUCAUUCGUACACCAGCGAGACGGGUGCCAACAGGACAACUAUUAAACCAGAAGAUAUCUAACGUUGCAUUUGAUUGGUUAAUAUCAGAAAACAGUGACUUAAGACAAUGUUGGACUUGCAAAAUUAAGUUCAGUUUUGAAGUUGAAGAGUUUAAUGUUGAAUGUAACCAUUCUGUAAAUACGAACUGCGUUAAACACGUAAACUCGAAGUUAAUGUUUAAGUACAGGUUUUAGGGGAAAAACGCUUAAACUAAUCGGGUAAUCUUUUACGGGUGGAAAUUGAUGGAACCCUGCUUUUACGUUCUUGCUGAUUUUUAGGGUUCAGUUUUUGAUUCAACUAUCCUCAAAUGACAUGUUUAAAGGCAUGGGCGUCGCAAGGGGGGGGGCAAGGGGGCGCUUG